AUCUGGCUUUUAACACGUCGCCUUCAGCAGGAGGACAGUUUAGUGAAGACUGAAUGAAAACCCUGAAGCGGACUGAGACACUGUAACUUAUCUUUUAACUGUUUGGAGUCGUGUCACAAAUCAAAGACGUCCUCUGAAAACAUGGCAGCGGUUGGUAUUCAGAGGAUGCCGACAUGGGAGAGAAAGGUGCGCGUGUUUUUGUGCGUUUUUGGCUUGGUGCUGUCUGUUUACGCGCUUCACGUCGAGCUGUCCCGGGAGAGAAACCCAGAUUACAGGGCGAUGUGCGACCUGGGGGAGUCUGUGAGCUGCUCCAAAGUUUUCACGUCCAGAUGGGGACGUGGUUUUGGUUUGGUCCAGUUCUUUGUGGCCAAAGAUAGCCCUCUGAACCAGCCCAACAGCGUGCUUGGCAUCAUAUUUUACACUCUGCAGAUGGGCCUUGGUCUGUCACUGUCCAAGAAAGCAGCAGUGUUUUUGGUCUUCUCCUCCUGGGUGUCGGUGGCCGGCUCGCUCUAUCUUGCAUGUAUUCUCGCCUUUGUUCUUGGGGAUUUCUGCAUGGUCUGCGUAUCAACAUAUAUUAUCAACUUUGCAUUACUCUUCACCAACGUCAAACGAAGGAGAGCAAUUGAAGCAAUGAAGGAAAAGGCUGGAUAGACUGUGCUACUUGUAAAAUUCAACACCUUCUUCUGUUUUUUUUCUGCUGAGCCACACUGGAUCUGAACAAACAACAAAUGAACAAAUUCUGUUCACACACACACACACACACACACACACAUAUAUAUAUAUAUAUAUAUAUAUAUAUAUAUAUAUAUAUAUAUAUAUAUAAUUUCAGAGAAAAAGGACUGGAUGUGACUGGAUGAUCUUCAGAACAGAAACUUGAUAAAGCAGCAGUCAUUUUUGUAUAUCAUGAUGCAUUUGUUAUGCUAAUUACACAUUUUGAACACUA